GCGGGGGAGGAGGCGAUGAGCGGCGCCGCCUCGCUGGGGCUGCGCACGGGGAGCUGCGGCACCCUGCCCGCGCCGGGCGCCGGCGCCGCAGUCCCCGGCGGGAGGAAAGCCCGGGGCUGGGGCCUGCGCGCCGGCGCCGGCGCCGGCGGCGGGGACAAGGAGCGCCUGCAGCUGCUGCACCGCGCGCUGCGCCUCGUCGGCCGCCGCGGGGCCGGCCUGCUCCUGCUGCUCGCCGUCGCCUCCGCCGCGCUCUUCUGCUCCCUCUUCGCCGUCGUCAAAGAUGACAAUACUUCUUCAAUUAUCAUUGCUAGCAACUACGAAGUCACGAAUGCCAUCCAGAAUUCUGUAUACCCCAGCACGACAAGGCCUCUGAUGAUGUCCAAUGACCACAACAAAUUCGAGCAUCCAAAUCGGCUUCAUCUUUCACCUGGAAACUUUACAAAUCAUCCUUGUGAAGGUUUUGCAGUUCCUCCUAUCCUGUUUGAUAAGAAACGAACUGGGCCUCGACCAUGCCCUGUUUGCUAUGUCUUGGUAGAUCAGGCAUUUGCUCUGAUCCCUGUACAAGCUUCGCCAUCUCCUGUCCUUGAAAACUUAGAUUAUGCCUUGGAAGACAGCGUCACUGCAAAUUUCUCAAAUCCGGGCUCUGCAUUUGGAGGGCAUCUAUCUCUGGAGCAGAGAAAUAAAUCUUUUGACAUUACCAAUUCGAUGACUGUCCACUGUGGAUUUGUUAGAGGAAAGAAACCUGGCCAAGGUACCGGAUUUGACAUCAGUGAUGAUGAUCUGCUAGAAAUGGAGCAAUGCCGCGAGCUUGUUGUAGCUUCAGCCAUUUUCGGGAACUAUGAUAUGAUACAACAUCCAAGGAAUGUCAGUGAACUGUCAAAGGCAAAUGUGUGUUUUUAUAUGUUUGUAGACGAAGAAACAAUGACUUAUGUCAAGAAUUCCAGCUCACUGUACAAAGAUAAUAAAGUUGGCUUAUGGAGGCUAGUGGUUGUUCGGAACCUCCCUUAUGAAGAUCCAAGGCGCACGGGGAAGAUUCCCAAGCUUCUGCUCCAUAGGCUAUUUCCAAAUGUAAGAUUUUCAGUUUGGAUAGACGCAAAGCUUCAGCUUGUUGUGGAUCCUUAUUUACUGCUUGAGAGGUUUCUGUGGAGAAAGAAUUCUAGUUUUGCGAUAUCUCGGCACUACAGACGUUUUGAUGUGUAUGAAGAAGCAGAAGCUAAUAAAGCUGCUGGAAAGUACGACAAUGCAUCAAUCGAUGAACAAAUAGAUUUUUACAGAAAUGAGGGCCUAACACAUUAUUCUCCCGCCAAGCUUCCUAUCACAAGUGACGUCCCGGAAGGCUGUGUGAUCAUCAGAGAACACGUCCCCAUCUCGAACCUCUUCACAUGUCUUUGGUUCAAUGAAGUUGACCGUUUCACCGCCAGAGAUCAAAUCAGCUUCAGCACCGUCCGGGACAAAAUAAGGGCUAAAGUCGGCUGGAUGCCCCAGAUGUUCCUGGACUGCGAAAGGCGCAACUUUGUUGUCCAGGCAUACCACAGGGAGCUGCUAGAGCAGAUGAUCGCGUCCGGCAGGAACACGCCUCCCAUCGCCGUCGAACCAUCGCGGAAAAUCAGACCGGGUAGCAGCAGGAGAGCUCCCCCGUCGAAGAAGCCUGUCGUGAAGCGGAAAAAGGAGAAGAAAUCGAGCUCGCGGAGGCGGGCCGUGAAGCCGGUUACAUGGGCGAUGGAUGCUGUGUGACGGAGGUUCACCGGGAUGGACGGGCUUCUGUGACUCGAUAGUUGGGUGUGACCGUAUGUAUGGCAGCUGGUGCCACUAGGUUGGGGGAGGGAGAGAGAGGGGGAAUGGAGGGUUGUAAUUUUUUGCCGGCCACGAAACGAAAUUUGUUGAUAGCCAAUUCUUCAUUGUUGUUGUAAAUAACAGCGGAAAGCAGUAUCAUUCAAAGGUAAA